AUUGUUAGCCGGAGCCGGGUCGGUUCUGGGCGGCUGCUGCCGGGGCGCCCGAGUUGCCGGAGCCGUCCGCCCUCUGCUGCCUGCGGGUCGCCCUGCCCACCCGCCCUCCCUCCGGGUCCUGCUGGCCGGGGAGCUCCCGGCCGUGGUCGCGGUCCCAGGACUGGCACUCUCCUCCCUCCUCGCCAUCGGGCUAGGGCGGCGGCGGGGGCGGCGGAGACCAUCGCGGGAGGAGGCGGCGGCGGCGGGGCCGGAUCCUCAUGCACCUGGCGACCUGGUGGUGAGCAGGGGCUUUGGGGCCAACGCGGUGGGCUCCCCAGGAAACCCCUUUGAAACCAAUGGAUGCAUUCACGGGCUCGGGUCUCAAGAGAAAGUUUGAUGAUGUGGAUGUGGGCUCAUCAGUGUCCAACUCCGAUGAUGAGAUCUCCAGCAGUGACAGUGCCGACAGCUGCGACAGCCUCAAUCCUCCUACGACUGCCAGCUUCACCCCCACCUCCAUCCUGAAGCGGCAGAAGCAGCUACGGAGGAAGAAUGUGCGCUUUGACCAGGUGACUGUGUACUACUUUGCCCGGCGCCAGGGCUUCACCAGUGUGCCCAGCCAGGGGGGUAGCUCCCUGGGCAUGGCCCAGCGCCAUAACUCCGUCCGCAGCUACACGCUCUGCGAGUUUGCUCAAGAGCAGGAGGUGAACCAUCGGGAGAUUCUCCGUGAGCACCUGAAGGAAGAGAAACUCCACGCCAAGAAGAUGAAGCUGACCAAGAAUGGGACAGUGGAGUCAGUGGAGGCCGAUGGCCUGACACUGGAUGAUGUUUCCGAUGAAGACAUCGAUGUGGAAAAUGUGGAGGUGGACGAUUACUUCUUCCUACAGCCUCUGCCUACCAAACGGCGACGGGCCCUGCUGAGGGCUUCUGGGGUCCACCGCAUUGAUGCCGAAGAGAAGCAAGAACUUCGAGCCAUCCGCCUGUCACGGGAAGAGUGUGGGUGUGACUGUCGGCUGUACUGUGACCCAGAAGCGUGUGCCUGUAGCCAAGCUGGGAUUAAAUGCCAGGUGGAUCGCAUGUCCUUUCCAUGUGGCUGCUCCCGGGAUGGCUGUGGGAACAUGGCUGGGCGCAUCGAAUUUAAUCCGAUCAGAGUUCGGACGCAUUACCUCCACACCAUCAUGAAGCUGGAGCUGGAGAGCAAGCGGCAGGUGAGCCGCCCGCCCGCCCCAGAGGAGGAGCCCUCGCCCACCGCCAGCGGCAGCCCGACGGGAGCCCAGGGCUCCGAGACACAGGACUUCCAGGAGUUCAUUGCUGAGAAUGAGACCGCAGUGAUGCACCUACAGAGUGCGGAGGAACUGGAGCGGCUCAAGGCAGAGGAAGACUCCAGUGGCUCUAGUGCCAGCAUGGACUCCAGCAUAGAGAGCCUGGGCGUGUGUAUCCUGGAGGAGCCCCUGGCCGUUCCUGAGGAGCUGUGCCCAGGCCUGACGGCUCCCAUUCUCAUCCAGGCUCAGCUGACCCCAGGCUCCUCCGUCCUGUGUUUUGCUGAGAACGCGGACCACCCAACUGCCUCAGCAGCGACCAGCCCAUCCUACUUGAACAGCGGGCCCCUGGUCUAUUACCAGGUGGAGCAGAGGCCAGUCCUGGGGGUGAAAGGAGAGCCUAGUCCAGGAGAAGCCCCACCCUCUCUCCCCAAGGAGAAGGAUCUCAAUGUCUUCUCUGUCCCUGUUACCUCACUGGUGGCUUGUAGCCCCACAGACCCAGCCCUGUGUCAACCAGAGGCAGGGAAAGCAUCCACUCUAGAAGCACUGGUGCCCGAAGAUUGUAUCCCUGAGGAGCGGGAGAAUGAAGACUUCCGCCCCUCGUGGUCGCCCUCAAACCUCCCCUUCGGCACGGACAGCGAAGAGGGCUGUGUGGUAGAGAAGACCUCACAGCCCAGCGAGGACCGGCCCCCUGAAGAUUCGUCCCUGGACCUCCCUCUGGCAGUGUGAUGCGGGCAUGCAGAUUCUGCCUCUUACCUGUUCUCUAUUUAUUCCCUUAUUUUAUCUAACACCAUUUCAGAACAAAACUGUAGAAGCAGCUGCUGCUCCCAUGUUAUUUUAUUGGGGUCUUUGGGGGGGGCGGGUGGGAAAGGAUUGUUUAUACAGUAUUUUUUAAAGGUAAACAGAACCAAGGAGACCAGCCCCAGCUUGGUCUGGGGGCAGUCUUGGGGCAGAGAAGGCCACACAGUGCUGAAUACUGUUUUCUGGGCCAUUGGAACAAAGAACUAGGAUCUCAUAGGAGACACUAGGUAAUUCAAGCAGCUAUUCUUUUCACAGGGAUCAGAAUACAUAAUUUGAACAGCACGGCAAAGCCCCUCUCCUAAGCUCCAGGCGGAUACAAGCUCCUUUUUCUCAGUGGUUACUGAUAUCCCAUUUUGGUGUUAUCCAGUUGGAAAUGUCACCUGGAGAGGAGGGGGGAGAAGGGUCUCCACUUCUGUACAAAACCAGGAUUUUAAAAAAUUUAACCUGCCUUCCCCAGCCCCCUAUUUGGUAAAUAAGUUAAUAUUUGACAUGUUUGGUGUUCUCUGACCUGUUCCCCACACUGGGGAUUCCUGGUCUGUAACUUGAAUUGUUUCUUUCUCAUGUUCUUAGGUACUAGAGUUUAACUUGUCUGUUUCCCUACCCCCCGCCCUGCCACCCCCCCCCCUUUGAAGAAAAAGCUAUAUUGGCUGGGGAUGUGGUAUAAAGAGCUUGUGUCUUCUGUGUGCGUCCGACAGUAGCUGUCGGGCAGCUCUAGGCUGAGCUCACACGUCCCAUGGGAGGCACAUGGAGCGUGAAGUGUGUCCAAAGGAGGCAGCAGGGAGUUUGCUGUCUGGAAAGAUGAGGACUUCGUGCCAUGCUUACGGUCAGGUGUUCCCCCCCCCCCCCCCCCCUUGGGGAGAUUUGAGCUUUAAAGGAAUAUAGGAUGUGUCAUUCUAAGGUCACCAGGUUUUUUUUUGUUUUUUGUUUCUAUAUCCUUGGUGGUCCUUGGAUAUACAGGGUUGGAGAGUUCUUUUACUAUUCUAGUUCACUCCCAAGAAUUGCAAAUAUUAGACUGCUCCAUCUUGAUAUCUGAAAAUCAGAAGUCAAAUCAAUUGCUAAAUGUUACAUAUAACCCCCAGGUUCCAAAGAAGUCAGGUUCUGGUGAUAAAGCUUUGAGGUCUAGAGCAGGACUCCAGUUCAGUUCUUGCCUCCAUCUGGGGACGCCGUUCCUUUUCCUCUCGUGUCCACCUAUGUUCCUGGAUGUGCUCCACUGACCACACUGAAUUCACUAGCAAAGGUGUCUCUGUCUCUGCUUUAAAGUGGCGGCAGCAGGAAACAGCACCCUGGCAUCCCUUACGCCAUGCUUUGCCUCUGGUAUGGUUUAUUAAUCAGGAAAGAACAAAGUGAAAAUGUUUUUGGUGGGGGAGAUAACUAUUCUUACUUAUCUCCAUCAUAAAGCCUUUUCUUGUGGGAUAUUAUAGCCCUGGUGUCUUAAAGCAACCUUCAUGUAUAUCAGCGUUUUACCUAUAAAAUCGCUAAACUGAGCCUACUAGGCCUUUUACUUAACAGAUACAUCUUUUGACCCAUUCUUCCUCCCGUUGGUUUUUUGCAGGGUUUGGAGAGUUCUUCAGUAUAUAGGUCCUUAGCACUCUCCAGUCUCAUAGGACAGAGUUGAGAGUCUUAGGUACCGAGAUCUAGAUGCUGUCCCAAGCUGAGCUGCUGCACUUCCUUAGACUGGUCCCCUCAAAUACAAGACUGAAGCUUAAUUGGGAAUAGGACUCAAUGCAGAAGAAUCUUUCUGAAAGUUUGUGUUGAAAGGGGAGGGUGAGCAUUGUACAUUCCCUCCUUAGGAAGAAUUCCUAAUCUAAGAAGUGAUUCCAGGUGCUCAAUAAGAGACACAUUAUUAGCCUUUGGGAUCAAAACAAGAAUUUGAAUCUAUUAAACGCAUUGCCAACCCCCAAAAUAAUGAUUUUUCUGAAGAAACUAGUUUCUUAAUCUAAAUUCUACAUUAACCCUAUAAUUGAUUCACACUGAUCCCAAGCUUUUAAAUGCUAAGUGUCGGCAUUUAGCAUUAACUGUCUUGUUAAGCAAAGGGCCUUUUCUACAAUCUCGUCCAUCUCAUUACUGGUGCUACUCGAGUUGGACACAAUUAGAGCUCAUGGUUACUCGAAAAGCUACGCCUCUGAUCACAGAAGCAAAUAGCUUCAACCCCACUCAGUCCAGGCCUAGAUAAGAGAAAUUACUUUUAUCGCAACUCAUUCCUUUCUCACUGUAUACAGGUAGUAUUUUCAAUGUGAAUCCAAAGCUUGUCUGGUUCUCUGGAAACAAUUUUUUUUUUUUUUUUGCCUUUCAGGUCCCUCACAUUGUGAUAAUGUUGUAUUUAAAGAGAAUAUUUAAAUGUAAUAUUAAAGAAAUAUUCAAAAGAA